CACAUUGUUUGAAAUAUUUCUUAUGUUGAAAUCAUGCCACAUUUUGACUUGGGGAAGUCAGGAGGCAAGACAUUGUGAAGCAAGUGCUGUUGUAGAUUCAAAUCAAACAAAUUAAGUGAAAGCUAGCUUGCAAAAUCAAAUUUCAAAAUGGCAAGCAUUCUGCUGAAGGAAAUUAUUGUUCUUGGAAUUGCUAUCGUCUUAAUCACGAAGGCAACAAGCCAAAUUACUACUCAACAGCCAAGACUUGAUACGAAUCUACAGCCAAUACUUGAUACGACACAACAGCCAGAGCUUGAUACGACUCAACAGCCAGGAUUCGACACAACAAUAACAACUAAACAACAACAGCUUGGUAUAAGCAAUACCUGCAGUGUUCCUGGAGUGCCAGGUGUUCCCGGAUCUCCAGGUGUUCCUGGCAUCCAUGGAUCCAAAGGAGAAAAGGGUGAUAGUGGCCCAGAAGGUCCAAUUGGUCCACCUGGCUCGACAGGCUUGACCGGUGCUACUGGAUCUCAAGGUCCAAUGGGACUACCUGGUAUUGAUGGCUCUGAUGGGAUAGGUUUAACUGGUGAUGUAGGUCCAAAGGGAGAAAAAGGGGAUCAUGGUAUGAUUGGUAAUACAGGCCCACAAGGUCCAAUGGGUCACCCAGGUCACAAUGGCUCAAAUGGAAUAGGCAUACCUGGUGAACCAGGCCUAAUGGGACAAAAAGGUGAGCCCGGGAUGCCUGGUACUAUAGGCCCAGAAGGCUUAAGAGGCCUUCCGGGUUUCAAUGGUACAGAUGGAAUAGGUCUUCCAGGUAGCGUAGGCCCAAGGGGACAAAAGGGUGAACCGGGCAUGACCGGUAUUAUCGGCCUACCAGGUCCAACUGGUCCACCUGGCCCACCUGGCCCAGUUGGUCCUCAAGGUCCUGUUGGAUCACAAGGUCCCACAGGCACUAAAGCGGAAUUUGUACAAGGUAGCAUUGGACCGAUUGGACCAACUGGACCAAUGGGACCAAAAGGCGAACGAGGGUUCAUGGGUCCACCGGGACCAAAAGGAGACACAAGCGGAAGCUCUGAUAUUAAGAAAUCCGCAUUUUCGGUAGUUCUCACAAAUUUUAGAGGCAAAAUAUCCACAACAAAAUCCGUCAAAUAUAACGUUAUAAUAAGUAACGUUGGAAACGACUACAACAAGGACACUGGAACAUUCACGGUUCGUAUUCCCGGAACGUAUGUAUUCUCAUUUGUGGCAAUGAAGACAGCAAAGAUCAAUGAAGAAGCCGGCCUAUACCUAAUGUUGAACGGAGUAUAUCAAUUGGGGACACGCAGCGACGGUGCAAGUCCCUACUCUACAUCUACGAACAUCGGAAUACUGAAUCUAAACGUCGGGGAUGAAGUUUGGAUUCAACCAUUCAAAAGCUUUCUUUAUAGCGAUAACAGCAGGUACCCUAGUUUCUCGGGAUUUCUACUUUAUCCUGAUGAAUAAUGCAAGAAUUGGAAAGAUUGCAAAAAACCUUGAAAUGUGACUUAACAGAAACGCUGGUACAUGCAUUGUAUACCUUUCUAGCACUGCUAUAUUUGUUGUAAUGGUUAUAAAAAAAAACUUGAUACGAGAAUUGGAACAAUUAUCAAAUUCUGCCACAAGCCUUUAGAACUUACUAUUUCUACAGUAAUAUAACACCUGAUAGAUCAACAAUCAUCAUCAAUAUUAAGCUAUGGCUGAAAUUAAACUAUAAAGGGCAUUUGAGAAAUGUACAUAUUCUUCUUAGCCCUUCUGUAUUCAAAAAUUAUUCACAAACUUUCUAUACUAAUUCUACUUUGAUCCAGAACAUUAAAUUACGCUCACAUUUUUUGAUAUAAUAAAUAGACAGUCGGCCUUGUAAGUGCCCAAGGUCGGGUAAUCCGCUAAUGGAUUUUACAUUACAUUGACACUGAGGCAAGAUUUAAAAGAUAUAUUUAACACAUUUUCAAUAUGGUUUUAUGUUAUGUUAUAUUAUGAUUGUGUGUAGAUAAAAAAAUAAAAAUCAUAAAAUUAUUUUUUUUACUGUUGGAUUGUAAUUAAAUUAUAUCCAUUUAUUCAAUAGCUUUUUUUCACAAACAAAUAUUGGUAUUAAAUAGUAGUUUAAAUAUGUCUAUCUAAUUAAGCUUAAAAAAUUGCAAACAGAUAAAGUUUGUUAGUUAAAUUUAUUGUAAUAAUAUGCUUUUGUUAGUUACAACAUACAUCAUUAACAAGACUGCAACAGAAACUGCAGGACUCUGUAUACAGUAAUGCAAUUUUUGAAUAAAGUUAAAAUAUAUAA